GCUUUAAAUGUUUUUGUGUGCACUUUUAGCUUUGGCGUUUUGCAAAAUUACACAUCUGAUAUUCUGUAUAUACAGAUACAGAUAAAUUACAAUCCGAUCCGUUCUUUCUGCAGUGUUUACUACUUUGCUAUGUCGUUUAAAUGCGUUCAUCUCCAUCUUUCCGACAGCACUUGAAGGCAGCAGCAGGAGCUCAUCUGUUGGGCAGGAAAACUAAUCAGGAGCCAAGUAAAGACUUUUCAGUACUGCUAGCUACUCGGCUAGCAAGCUUUUAAAGUCAGCUGUCCGUACGACUAAUUAAUACAGAUUCUGUUUUUUUAAGUACAGUCUGUCUUCUGUAGAGUACACAAUAUUCAAGCUAUGUUUUAGGAACACCGUUUCUUUGCGCUGAAAGUAGUAAGGCGGACAGCCUCUGGCCAGCUGAAGCUUGCGGCUAGCUUAUUCGUUAGCUGGGAAAGACGUGCAAGUGGAGGCAAGAAAAUGGAGCUGGACGACGUAGUCCUGUAUCAGGACGACUCGGGCAGCUCUGCCAUGAUGUCCGAGCGGGUCUCAGGUCUGGCCAGUUCAAUAUACCGCGAGUUUGAACGGCUAAUCCAAAUAUACGACGAGGACGUAGUGAAAGAGUUGAUGCCGCUGGUCGUCGCCGUACUGGAGAACUUGGACUCGGUGUUCGCUGUCAACCAGGAGCACGAAGUGGAGCUGGAGCUGCUGAAGGAAGACAACGAGCAACUCGUCACCCAGUACGAAAGAGAGAAGGCACUGAGAAAACACACAGAGGAGAGGUACAUCGCCUUAGAAGACUCCCAGGACGGCGAGAAGAAGGAUCUCCAGUGUCGGGUUGUGGUGUUGGAGUCACACACACGUCAGCUAGAGCUAAAAACUAGAAACUAUGCAGAUCAGAUUGGCAGAUUUGAGGAGAGAGAAGCAGAGCUCAAGAAGGAGUAUCAUACUCUUCAUCAGAGACACACAGAGAUGAUCCACAGCUACAUGGAGCACCUGGAGCGAACUAAACACCAACAUGCGGUCACAGUAGCAGAGUCCUCUGAUGCAGGCACAUCAGCCAGAACACGAAAGGAGCGUCCUAUCUCCAUGGGCAUAUUCCAACUUCCUGGGACUGAUGGUAUGACCCCUGACCUCCAGAGGGAAUCUUUGGACACCUCUUCAGAGCCAUGGAGAUACAACAACAUUAGCCAUCCGCGGUCCAACACCAGCCUCAAGUUUGAGGGACAGUUUUCCUCAAGCAAAGUGGAAGGUGAAAGAUCGCAGGAGAAUUUGCCCAAUCAGAAGGCUGAUCAGGACCAGGAUGAAUUGGCCGGUUCGAACCGUGGGGGCUCAAAGUCCAGUACUCCAAACAACCGGGGAAGUGUCUCCAAAAGUGGAACUCCUGUAUCUUUACAAGCUGGAGGUUCCAAAUCCGACACCCCCAUGUCCUCUCAGGGUGGUCCCUCUAAAUCAAACACCCCCACAUCUACAGACAGUGCUAACUCCCAGUCCACCACACCACUAUCUCCUCAUGAUAGAGGGUCCACCGGAAUAAGUCCUGUGUCUCGCCAGGGCGAAGGGUCUGCCUCUGUCACACCUGCGUCUAUUGCUGCUUUGGAUAUUGCCAUGGAGUCUGUGGACCAGGAAGUUUCAGAUGGGCUCAAGAACCUAGACGGGAACCGUGGAAAACCAAAGAGCAGUAAGGACAUUGCAGCCGUGCAAGGACAGAAGGGUGAGCUUGGACACGAUGGUCAGGACUCUGCCACUACACCCCUCAAAGGUGAUGAUGGAGCACACAACCAGGAGAGCUCUGAGGUGCAGGCCAUCAUAGAGUCCACUCCCGAGCUGGACAUGCACCACGAUGGCUGCUUAGGAACAAGCACACCAGCUAAAGGUGGCAUAGAGAAUCUAGCGUUUGACCGCAACACUGACUCUCUGUUUGAGGAGCUGUCAUCUGCAGGAAACGACCUGAUAGGAGACAUGGAUGAAGGAGCCGACAUGCUGGAUGAGUUUUCUGACUACAACUUUCUAGGCAUGGGUCGGGAAGUUGAACAUCUCAUCCAAGAGAACGCCCAGUUGCUGGAGACCAAAAAUGCUUUGAACGUGGUGAAAAAUGACCUGAUAGCACAAAUGGAUGAACUGACUUGUGAGAAGGAGGUUCUGCAAGGCGAGCUAAAGGCUGUCACUCAGGCCAAGACCAAACUGGAGGACAAGAACAAAGAAUUAGAAGAUGAACUCAAGAAGAUUCGAGCAGAGCUCGAGGCCUCCAAAAACAAGGUCAAGAAUGACAACAACGAGGAUGAUAGCGAUGUGCCUACAGCCCAGAGGAAGCGCUUCACCAGGGUGGAGAUGGCCAGAGUCCUGAUGGAGAGGAACCAGUAUAAGGAGAGGCUAAUGGAGCUGCAGGAGGCUGUCAGAUGGACGGAGAUGAUCCGGGCAUCAAAGGAGAACCCAGCUCUUCCAGAGAAGAAGAAAUCCAGCCUCUGGCAGUUGAUUUUCAGCCGUUUGUUCAGCUCUUCGGGCGGGGCAGCCAAGAAGCCGACAACGGACGCCCCAGUGAACGUCAAGUACAAUGCGCCCACCUCUCAGAUUCAGCCGUCCGUCAAGAAGCGGAGCACCACACUGCAGCAGCUGCCCAGUGACAAGAGCAAAGCCUUUGAUUUCCUCAAUGAGGAAGUGGCAGCUGAUAAUGUGGUGUCCAGGCGGGAGCAGAAGAGGGCUCAGUACCAGCAGGUCAAAGCCCACGUCCAGAAGGAGGACGACAGAGUGCAGGCUUGCGGCUGGAGUCUGCCUAAGAAAUACAAAGCCAAUGGUGGCCAGACAGAGAGUAAGGUGAAGAAUCUACCUGUUCCUGUCUUCCUCAGACCGCUGGAUGAAAAAGAUGCUUCUAUGAAGCUGUGGUGUGCUGCUGGUGUGAACCUCUCUGGAGGUAAAACCAGAGACGGAGGUUCGAUCGUAGGAGCCAGCGUGUUUUACAGCGACAUCCCCGGACCAGAGAGCCCUAAAAAGAAAAUAGGAUCUCAGAGCAGCCUGGAUAAACUGGAUCAAGACCUCAAGGAGCAGCAGAAGGAGCUGCAGCAGCAGGAUGAGUUGUCGUCGCUGGUUUGGAUCUGUACCAGCACCCAGUCCACCACCAAAGCUGUUGUCAUUGACGCCAACCAGGCUGGAAACAUCCUGGAGAGCUUCUUUGUGUGUAACUGCCACGUCCUCUGCAUCGCCAGUGUUCCAGGUGCAAGAGAGACCGACUACCCAGCUGGUGAGGAAGUAGCUCCUAACUCUGAGGCAGGACCAGCAGGGGAUGGCGGAUCACAAUCAACCGACAGCAUCUCAGCAGGCGGCGACGACGACGACGUGCUCGGAGGCAUCACUGUUGUUGGCUGUGAAGCUGAGGGAGCGGCAGCUGUUCCUCAGACAGCAGCCAGGCCAGGAGAAGACGGAGACAGUGAAUCGAGACCAGCAGAGGAAGCCACAGAGGCGACAGAGGCCAGCGCAGGGCCUGCCGGCCAAAGAGAGAGCCUGAGGGGAGUCUACACUGAACACGUCUUCACUGAUCCACUGGGAGCUCAGCAGAGCGCAGAGGCUCCGGCUAACUACUCUCAGAGGGAGAGUGAUCUGUUGAAAGAUGGCGUGAGUUCAAACCCCAACGCCGAGGAGCAGGACCUGAUGAGAGAAGAGGCUCAGAAAAUGAGCAGUGUUCUGCCUACUAUGUGGCUGGGGGCACAGAACGGAUGUGUGUACGUCCACUCCUCUGUGGCUCAGUGGAAGAAGUGUCUCCAUUCUAUAAAGCUGAAGGACUCUGUGCUCGGCAUAGUGCAUGUGAAAGGGCGUGUACUGGUGGGUCUCUCCGAUGGCACUUUAGCCAUUUUCCACAGAGGAGUGGAUGGACAGUGGGAUCUGACCAACUACCAUCUGUUAGACCUAGGGAGACCACACUACUCCAUCCGCUGCAUGACUGUAGUACAUGACAAGGUGUGGUGUGGCUACAGGAACAAGAUCUAUGUGGUGCAGCCCAAAGCCAUGAAGAUAGAGAAGUCAUUUGACGCCCACCCUCGUAAGGAGAGCCAGGUACGUCAGCUGGCCUGGGAUGGCGAUGGCAUCUGGGUGUCCAUCAGACUGGACUCCACUCUCAGGCUGUACCACGCUCACACCUUCCAGCACCUUCAGGACGUCGACAUCGAGCCCUACGUCAGCAAGAUGCUGGGUACGGGGAAACUAGGUUUCUCAUUUGUGAGGAUCACAGCUCUCAUGGUGUCAUGUAAUCGCCUGUGGAUCGGCACUGGAAAUGGAGUCAUCAUCUCCAUCCCUCUGACAGAUACAGCCAACAGGGAAACCAAUGCAGCAGUUAACCAACCUGGAAGUGCAGUUCAUGUGUAUGGCGACGACAGCAGUGACAAAGUGACAGCUGGGACAUUUGUUCCAUACUGCUCCAUGGCUCACGCUCAGCUCUGUUUCCAUGGUCACAGAGAUGCUGUCAAGUUCUUCACCGCUGUCCCAGGUCACGCCGUUCCAUCUGCGUCCUGCGGCGCGGAGGCAGCAGGUGACAAGACGACAGAUGCCGCAACUCAGGAAGGAACCAAGUCCAUGUUGGUGAUGAGUGGAGGCGAAGGCUACAUCGACUUUAGGAUGGGUGAUGAGGAUGGCGUGGAGGACGAGGACCCCCUACUGAAACUGCAGCCCUUGCUGGCUAAAGCCGAGCGCAGCCACCUCAUCGUCUGGCAGGUCCUCGCCAGCGAGGACUAAGCUCUGACCCGGGUCCCCUCAGGCCUGAUUUGCCUUUUCUCUCAAACCCGCUGCCACGGAGGAGGAGUUCAGGUGGCCGACUCCCCUCUACAGACACGAGUUUAAUCAGCACUUAUUUCUUCCUCAAACCAGAAACAAGCAGAAACUCAGUGGUAAACUGGACAGGAGCAGUGUAAACCGAUUUAAGCAAUCUGCAUGUUGUUGUUUUCUCUUAUUUGUUCCUUUUUAAAACCUAUUUAAUGAAUUUGAAUUUCAAUAUGUCAUGUCUUCUUAUAUUAUUUGAGGUAAAGCGGUUAUUGGAUACAGAACGUUUUGUUACAUUUGCUCAGCAGAUAGAAUGAAUUUUCCUCCUGACAUUGCCAGCUUCUCUUAACUCGGUUCAGUUGAUGCGCGCUCAUUCUGGACUCGACUCGAUGCUAAAUCAGUUGGGCAAACAGAAAAUAAUCACCUGUGGGCUUCCCUGUUGCCCUUUAAAAUGUAAUACUCAUUAUGUGUGGGAGUAAAUCAUGUGAGAUUCUUGAUGAAUCCCAAAUCCUCUUUCAUGUUUUUUUUUUUUAGUUUUUCACCCUUUUGAGAACUUGGCAUUUGAUUGUAUGCAAGACAAAUGGAAUUGAUUGCCAGUUGUUUAACUCAAAUGCAAUACAUCAGCUUCAUCUGGUUAGGAUGUGCUUGAGCAGAAGAUGGCCCUGUAUUUCUCCUAAUAUUCAAGAUCUUGUUGCGGUAGCCCCAGUUUAUGCCUCUCAUGCGUGCAUUACCAUUCCAUUCCAGUCACAGAGCCAAGCAUCCAAUAUUCUGAGAAGUAAAUGAAACCAGCCAAUUUUCUGAUAAAACCCCAGAGGGUGGUUUAAUAACACCAAUGUUCUGAAGAGAUUCUCAGAAUCCUCAAAGACUAUUUUAAUGUUUCCGAUUCUGGAAAUGCCUUCAGAACAGCGCUAAGCGUAAAUUACCUCCUCGGUUUUUUUUGUGACGCUAGCAGCAUGGCUCUCUGGAUGGCGGUGUGUGUUGUUCAGUCCUCCGCUUUGACCCAGACUUUGAUCCUCAACAGCUAUCUGAUAGAUUGCCAUGAAAUUUGGUGCAGAAAUUCAUGCCCUCUCCCCCACCACCCACCCAUCUGGAUGAGUUGUAUUAACUUUUGUGAUCCUCUGAAUAUUCCUAUAGAGCCAAACAUUUAAUUUGUGGUUUGGUUUAUGAAAAACCUGCAAAACGAAUGGCAUUCCCAUCAACCUCAUCUGUACUUUGCAUUUAGUGCUAUUUAGCAAAUGUUAGCAUGCUAACACGCUAAACCAAGAUGGUAAAACAUUACCAUUGUCAGUGUGAGCAUGUUAGCAUGCAGAUAUUAGCAUUCAGCACAAAGCAACACUGUGCCAAAGUACAGCCUCACAGAGCUGCUAGCGUGUCUGUAGACUUAAGUCUUGUUCAGAAACCGGCGUGUAAUGAUUUUUCAGAAAAUGGGAUACUUCGCUCUGCGACUUGAAUGUAAUGACAGUACACUAGAGGCACAUGCUUGAGCCUGAGCAACUCCAUUCACAAAACUCUUACUUAUGAAAUGAAAAGCAGCAUCUGCUGCUACAUUACCACCACACACUGUAAACCAGCCCUUCCUUUAAGUUAGUGUUGGUUGUAAUGCUGAUAGAUUCGUAGACCACAGACUUGUGUUUAUUCCAGUAUUGCAUGAGAAAGCUGUCCGUCUACCCACCAGCUCCAGCUAGUAGACACUUUAAAAAAUAUGCCUUAGGUAUCAAGGGUUGAAAGGACUUGAAGUUACUAUACUUUUCAGGUGUGACAAAGUAUUUAUUUUUUUCUUGAAAGAAUGUUGUGCUUGCUACCAAAGGAUAAAGAAAGAAAGAUGGAUAGUUUGCCACGUGCUGAAACAAUAAUAGUAUCUCAUCUAACAUUGAGCAGCAUGUUUGAGUCUGCCUCCAUGUAGAUAACAUGCACGUUUUUGUAACCAAACUCCUGGUGUAAAGAUAAGAUAUAUUUUUAGACUUUCAUAUUUGGAAAUUGACAUAUUUUCAGGGUGUAAGAGAAGAGAAUGUGCUAGAGCUGUCACUAUGAGAGGUAACUAGCAGUAACACUGAGGAUUGCAUAACCCCCCCCCCACCCCCUUCCCUGCCAAUCCUUAUCUUGACAUUAGGUCAGAAUUCUAACAUUGACAUUUUUGGUUUUGCUGCGCUGCUCUGCCCACUUUGUGCAGGAAGAUGCUUAUCUGAAUUCCUCAGUGAUCUCCCCUUCUGAUUGCAAACUGAUGUUUUAGGUAUAUUUUUAUGAAUUUUUUUUUAAUGUUUUUUUGACUGUACUCUCUCUGAGUACAGUGCACAAGGUGUUCUUUUGGUUGUAAUAUGAGAAUAUGUAUUUCUGGCCUCUGUGUACCAGUACGCUGCACUGGUAUGUUCCUUGUUUUGUCCUCUUUGUAUUGAACAGUAUCAGAGGUAUGUCCUUAUCGUGUGUGUGUGUGUGUGUGUGUGUGUGUGUGUGUGUGUGUGGCUUCUCUCCAGGACAGGAAUGAAAUGUUAUUGCAGUUUAGCCAUUUCAGUAUUUAUUUACAAUGAUUGAGCCUUUGCAAUUCAGAAUGUAUCUUUGUACAUUGAAUAUGAAUAUAUAUAUAUAUAUGAUUAUAUAUGAAACAUGAACAUUGCUUGGGUUUAUUGUUUUGACAACAGUUGUUGCUGUUGAAAUGAUAUGAAUUUGUUUUGUAAGGGGGUAACCUUACUCUGCUAUGCACUAUGUCUGAGGGGAGAGGAGUGAGGCAGGUUUGCCUCAGGCCUGUUUUUGAUUUGUGGAUUUUGAAGUAGAAACCCCGCGGCCGGUCCAGACUCUGACACAAUCGGUUUUCAACUAACGCAGGAAAACAAGUCAAACUAUAGUCGAGUAGCGAGCAUCUUCAUCCCACCACCUCCCUCCUCCGCAGGUCUGUCAUCCCUCUCAUCUGCAUACUGUAUGCGUGUCAUUAACUUAGCAGGGACUUUCUCUCUUCCAGGUUAGCAGUACACACGCCAUCCUUUACUUCUACAGCGUCUCUAGCCUUACUCAUUUUUAACCGUCAAUUAAAGCAACUUUUGUUGGCAA